GACAUAUUUAAAAUGGAACUAACAAAAGAGACAUCUUCUCUUUCAUUGCGCCUGUGUUUAUUGCCGAGUUCUUAAAUUCGAAAAAACGAGUCCCUAACCACAACAAAGAUGGGUAGGGAGGACAAGGCUACUUGGAAGUCAAACUACUUCACUAAACUUAUCCAAUUACUGGAAGAUUACCCAAAGUGUUUCAUUGUGGGCGCUGACAAUGUCGGCUCGAAGCAAAUGCAGCAAAUCCGUAUAUCUCUCCGAGGUAGUGCCGUGGUCCUUAUGGGAAAAAAUACCAUGAUGCGUAAAGCCAUCAAAGGUCAUCUGGAUCGCAACUCUGCCUUAGAAAAGAUCCUGCCUCACAUCAAAGGAAAUGUUGGUUUUGUUUUCACUAGAAAUGACUUGGUUGAAAUCAGAGACAAACUAUUGGAAAAUAAGGUAAAAGCUCCUGCUAGAGCUGGUGCUAUUGCUCCUUUGCCUGUAGUGAUUCCCGCACAAAACACUGGAUUGGGACCCGAAAAAACAUCUUUCUUCCAGGCUUUGAGUAUUCCAACUAAAAUUUCUAAAGGAACCAUCGAAAUUAUCAAUGAUGUCCACAUCUUGAAACCUGGUGAUAAAGUAGGAGCUUCUGAAGCAACUCUACUUAACAUGUUGAAUAUUUCUCCUUUUUCGUAUGGUCUCCAAGUAGAACAAGUUUAUGAUUCAGGUACUGUUUUUGCUCCUGCGAUAUUGGACAUCAAACCUGAAGAUUUGAGGGAAACUUUCUUGGCUGGAGUUGCCAAUUUGGCUGCUGUAUGUUUGAGCAUAGGUUAUCCAACUAUUGCUUCUGCACCACACAGCAUUGCCAAUGGACUCAAGAACUUGUUGGCUAUUGCCGCUGUUACAGAUAUUGACUUCAAAGAGGCCGCGACUAUCAAGGAAUACAUCAAGGAUCCAAGCAAAUUCACCGUUGCAGCUCCAGUAGCCGCUGCACCAGCUGCUGCUCCCGUUGAAGCCAAGAAGGAAGAAAAGAAAGAAGAAUCUGAGAGCGAGGAUGACGAUAUGGGUUUCGGUCUUUUUGACUAAAACUUUUUAUCUCUAAUAUGAGACUUUUAUUUGCUGUUUUGUUCAGUCAGACUGUCAAAUAAAUACAAUGGAACUAA